AUGUCGAUGAAUCAACAAUCAUCACUUCCAACAUUACCUGUAGAAAUUGUCUAUUAUAUUUGCGAUUGUCUUGAUGCAAAAACAAUACUAGUAUCAUUUCGCAAUAUAUGUCGUCGAUUACGAAACAUUAUAAACAACUAUGAUAAUUACAUUCUUGAUUUUACAAACACUUCACAAUCAGACUUUCGACUUAUUUGUCAUUUAAUUAAUCCUCAACGAGUUAAAUCAUUAACACUCUCUCAACAAACUACAACAUUCGAUCAAACUAUAUUCUUCGAUAAACAAUUUCAUGUGAAAGAUUUUAGCCGACUUCAUUCUCUAACAUUGAUUGGAAUUAAAGAAAGUCGAUUGAGAGCAGUUUUAAAGCAUAUUAACAUAUCGUCACUUGUUUCAUUUUCACUUGAAAUCGGGGAACAUAAAAAGCAACACGAUCAUGUAACAGCGACUGUUCUUACAUCAAUACUCACACGAACUAGUCUUCACAAACUCGCACUUAACAUUGAACCAAAUCGUAUAGAAGCUAUCGAAUGGCCUGAUCCAUGUACGAUUGAAGAACUAAAAAUUGACAAGUGUAUAAGUUUCGAUUCCAUUAGGCGAAUUCUUCGUCAUCUGCCUCGUUUGAGAACACUUAUUAUCGAUUGUUAUUCAAUAAAAACUAUUCAUCCAACGAAUUUGACAGCUUACUGUCGUCAAUUAACUUCAGUAUCAUUAGACAAAUUGGAUAUGAAUAUUGCUGAUCUUGAAUUUCUACUUCAGUCUAUGACAUCAUUAACUGAUUUGAAACUUACUGGCAAUGGAAACUACUUUGAUGGUCAUCGUUGGGAAAAAUUUAUUCAAACAAAUCUACUUGGAUUGAAGAAAUUUCAAUUUUAUUUCAGUGAUUAUCAAGAUGAUCAAUUGAAUUAUCCUGAUAUUGAACAGAUCAUUCGAUCAUUUGAAACUCCAUUUUGGAUCGAAUUAAAAAAAAUGGUUUGUCAUUUGUGA